AUGGUGAAUACGGCCAUCUCGACGCGUACUAAAGCGCCUACACCUUCUAAGCCGCAUGUUACUGGUAUUCCACGUGUCGUACCACCGUCGCCUGCGCCCAAGCCGAGAGCACCAGUGGCCGGGCCGUCCGGCUCGCAGCGCGUACCACCGGCGGCGGGGAAGCCACCGCCUAUUCCGAAACCUCCCUCGGUCUUUAAAUCUGUCAAUUCUACGAAAGCUCCCAAUACUGCUACUUCUAAACCUACGACCGACAAAGAUGCCGAAGAAACAAUCGCCCGCCUCAACCAAAACCUCGCACAAACCACGUCCUUCCUCUCCGCCCAAACCUCCUACUACGCCUCCCAACUGCACGCCCUCCAAUGCGCGCACCGCGUCCAAUUCUCCCAUCUGCUCGCAGAACUAGAACAGUCGAAAUUGGAUGUGACUGAAGCGAAGAUCGCGGUGGAGAGGGCGAUGCAGGGGCGCGUAAAGAGGGAUUUCGCGAUUGCGCAGUUUCAGAGGAAGGAGAGCGAGGUUGAGGGGUGGUUGGACGAGGCGGAGGAGAAGGAGGAGGCGCUGGUGGUGGAGAGGGCGAUGUUGGAGGAGAGGGUGGAGGUGUUGGAGGGCGAGAGCGAGGGGUUGAGGGCGAGGGUGAAGGAGGCGGAGAAGGGGAGGGAUGAUGCGAAUACCGAAACCUUACGCCUCCGAACCGAACUCACAACCCUCCAAACCUCCCUCGACCGCGCCGAACUCAAACAACAAUCCACCCUCACCUCUCUCGCAGAAGCAACCAAACUCAAAGAUGACCUCGCCCGACAGAUAGAGCAGUGGAAGUCUCUCGAAGGUCGUACCGACUCUCAAGCCCAAGAGCUCCAACGCAAACUUGUAGAAAUGGAGGAACGUGUUGUCGAGGCGAAUAAGAGGGCAGAAGAGGCGGAGGAGAAGUUAGCUGCUGGUGGUGAAGGUGAUGAGGAGUUGAUGCAGAGGGUGGAGGUUGCGGAGGCGCAGGUUGGGGAGCUGCAGAAAGUUGUUAAGAAAAUUAAGGGACAGUCUUCGACGUUCGCGGGGGAGAACGAGGAGUUGCAAGGCCGCAUCAAAGACCUCGAAUCUCAACUCGCCAAGGCCAAAGCGCAAAAGCCGAAACGCACCGCUUCAACACCUCUCGAAGUAGAGGAAGAAGAAGCAGGCCCCUCAACACCUCCGCCUCGUCCCAAAUCAAAGCCCAAACCCAAACCACGCGCCAAACCACCCUCACCGCCUCCGCCCGCAGACACCCCGAUCGAAUUGGACGACGACGACGACAUCGAAGAGAUCGACCCUCCCUCCCCACCACCCGCAGUACAUACGCAACCUAAACCCAAACCAAAGCCGAAGCCGAAACGCAAGGCUCCUUCUGCAGACGUGGAAGAGGUCGAGAUCGAAGAAACUGUGCCGCCGCCUUCGAAGCGCAAGAAGGCGCGUUCAGCGAGUACCGUCGAACCCGAAGAAGACGAUGUCUUCGGCAAUGCGAACGGGACGAGCAAACGGAAACGAAAGGCGGCGGACGACGAGCCUGCGCCGAAGAAAGCUAAGAAGCAGAAGGAGACGACGCGGAAGGCGUCGGGGUCUAAGAAGAAAGAGAAAGAAAAGGAGAAGGCGGUCGACGACGAGGACGACGAUAUUGUCGAUCCGAACGCGCCUGCUGCUAAGAAGAAGCAGAUUGGAUUGAAUCCGUUUAAGAAAAGGAGGCCGGUUGCUGCUUGGGGCGGGGCUGUUGAGGGGGAUGAUGGGAUGCUGAGUAGUCUUAUGAGCAGGGAUUUGUCGCCGGUUAAGGAUACGUCGCUUGUGCCGCCUAGGAACUCGGAGUUGAGGAGCGGAAGUGCGCUGUUUAGGCGGUAG